AUGGCUUCAGAAGCAGAAAGAACAUUCCAUCGGUUUGCUGUCUUUGGAGAUUCAUCCAGCAGUGGUACUGAGAUUAACAACAAGAACUUCUCCAAACUCUGUAAAGACUGUGGCAUCAUGGACGGCAAGGCAGUGACCUCCACAGACGUGGACAUUGUGUUCAGCAAAGUAAAGGCCAAGAAUGCCAGAACCAUCAACUUCCAACAGUUUCAAGAGGCGAUGAAGGAGCUGGGCCAAAAGCGGUUCAAGGGGAAGAGCGUAGACGAGGCUUUGGAGGGCAUUUAUAAACUCAUGGAAGGCAAGGACCCUGCUACCACUGGUGUCACUAAAGCAACAACCGUGGGUGGAGUAGACCGACUGACGGACACCAGUAAGUACACGGGCACCCACAAGGAGCGCUUUGACGAGAGUGGCAAGGGUAAGGGCAUCGAGGGACGGGAAGAGGCCACAGACAACUCAGGCUAUGUGAGUGGCUACAAGGGGGCUGGCACCUAUGACCAAAAAAACAAGUAG